UACACACUCAAUAAUUUUUUUAAAUAAUAUCACAAAAAAUAAAAACAUUUCUCUCAGCCAGGACUUUUAGCUUGAUAAAGGACGAAAAAUUACGCAAAAAUUAUGCCAAACAAGUGAUUGAACGAGCAAAAUUGACAAAAAACCCGAAAAAUUACCCGGGAUUUGCCGAAAAAAUUGAAAAAAAGUGCAAGAAAUAAAACGAAAAAAAAAAUGAAGAGAGAUACAAUCGCAAAGAAAAUUCUGAGAAAUGCGAAUGUACGAUCAUAAAUCGGUGCAAAUGUACAAAAAAAUAAUAAUAAAAUAAAAAUUAUAUAUUUUUCGUACAAUAUUGAAAUAAUAUUAAAAAAAAAAUAUAUUUAAUAAAAAAAAAAUAAAAUAAUAAAAAAUAAUCAUCAACCAUCUCUCCAUCAUAAAAAUAAAACAACAACAAAAAGACUUGAGAACGUUGGAGCACCAUGUCUUCUGGGAGCAAUAACCAACGACGAUUCAUAAUCAAAAAGAGAAAACUUUGUUCUCGCAGCGUUCGACUGCAAUCUAGUUUUAUUUACAAAUAAUUUGAAUUAAAAAAAAUAAAAAUAAUAAAAAAACGAUUAAAAUUGUAAUAAAAUAUAGGAUAAAAGUAUAAAUAUUUACAACAAAUAAUGUGAUAUCUUUUAGGAUUAAUUCAAUUUAUUUAGUCUGUGCUUAAAAUAAAAAGUUGUAAAUACCACGAAAAAACAACGCGAGUGUGUAAUAAAAAAAAUAAAUGAUAAUAUAAAAAAAGUAAUAAAAUCGAGUGCAAAUGUGUAAAAUAAAAAAAGGAAGUUGCCUUUCGAUGUACGAACAAGCAACAAGAGUAUUUAACCACACAAGAGCGACGAGUGCAAAAAAAAUUAAUGAAAUUCCAAAAUCGCAAAAAAUAUAUAUUUAAAAAAAUAAGAGAAGUUGCUGUAAAAAAGACAAGAAACUCUUUUAUUUGUGCGCGCAGACAAACAAUCGCUGUGGAGAAUGCCACACACGAAUCACACAAGCAACACCAGCUCGUCGGGAGAUGAUUUGGGCAGCACGGACGAGGUGAAAGUGUUUAAAGAUGAAGGCGACCGUGAAGAUGAAAAAAUCUCGUCGGAAAAUUUACUGGAGGAGAAAUCAAGUCUGAUAGAUUUAACGGAGAGUGAGGACACUUCUGGUAAAAGUUCAUCCAGGCCUGACCAUAGUCCUGUGUAUGGGAAGCUUGACUCACACAAUCACACAUCUAGUUUUAAUAUGGGAUACUUAGUCUCGCCUUAUACAUAUCCGAAUGGAGCCCCUGCCGGUCUGCCGGUUUCCAUGGCCAACAAAAUGGGAUUAUCGCCGUUUUUUUGUCACAAUGGAGAUCAUCUGACGACGCCUCCUCCCGCUCAUUGUGGAAUCCCACCCUAUCAACUAGAUCCAAAAGCAAUAGGUUUAUCAAGGCCGGCGAUUUAUCCGUUUUCUGGCCAGUAUCCCUAUCCCAUUCUAAGUCCCGACAUGUCAGGAAUGGCAGCGUCAUGGCACACCCCUAGUUUAUAUUCGCCUGGAUCAGGCUUUAGAAGUCCUUACUCAUCGUCAUUACCAAUAAAUACAACAUUAUCUAGUGAUUUUUAUAGAUUUUCACCGAACAACUUACUGCCUUCUGUACAUUCACAUCAUGUACAUUCACUUAAUUCGCAUUCAUCGAUAAUCGGGUCGGGUGUAAAUAAUAAGGAAUCGACCCACGAUAGUAGUAAUCAUAGAUAUGGAAGAUCAAAUUCCGAUCAAAAAAAUUCAUCUGGUGCAAUACAAUCGGACAGCAAAGAUUCAAUUAGCAAUGAAAAGAAGAAACCCCACAUCAAAAAGCCUUUAAAUGCAUUUAUGCUGUACAUGAAAGAGAUGAGAGCAAAAGUGGUUGCGGAAUGUACGCUAAAAGAGUCAGCAGCCAUCAAUCAAAUACUGGGUAGAAAGUGGCAUUCAUUGAGCCGGGAAGAACAGAGUAUUUAUUAUGAGAAAGCACGGCAAGAGCGUCAAUUACAUAUGGAAUUAUAUCCGGGUUGGAGUGCACGCGACAAUUAUGGUUACGGUUCAAAGAAAAAGAAACGAAAAAAAGACAGAUCGCCCGCGGAUUCGGGAGGUAACAACAUGAAAAAAUGUCGUGCAAGAUACGGAUUAGACCAACAAAGUCAAUGGUGUAAGCCAUGCAGGCGAAAGAAGAAAUGUAUUCGUUAUAAGGAAGUGGAUCAAAAUAACGAAGAAAGCAUAGACAUGGACAACCAUCAUUCCGACGAUAAUUUAGGCAGUUGUGGCAGCGUCGACGACGCCAAAACCCCCGACGACGAUUGCGAGUCGCUGAACCAGUCGAUGUCGAGUCCCGGUUGUCUUUCCGGCUUGUCGAGCCUUCAAAGUCCCUCCACGAGUCUCGCGAGUCCUUUGAAUCUGCUUGCAAGUCCUUCAACGCCAAUCGCCUUUCACGAGCAGCAACAACAGCAAUUGGCGCACGAAGCAGCGCAAAAUCACAUCAACAACAUGAAAAAAGCGGCAGCGGCACUUGGGAUGACAAAUGGCGACGUCGUGAUCAAAACGGAGACGGAAUUCAAUCAAAAACGUGAUAACCCGAAAAUGAUGCCGGAAGACGAGUGCAGUCGGAGUAACAAGCAACCCCUGAAUAACGUGCCAGAGAAACAAAAACCACCAGAUAUGUCGUCGUCGUCGUCCGCGUCGUUAUUUUAUGAUAAGUUAGCAUUAAUUAAACCACCAAGCACCGCCGCAUCGUCUCUAAGUGCCAAUUUACGUGAUAAUCCGCAACAUCCGCAGCAUCCGCUGAACAUCAACCAAUUAACGCGUCGCGAUUACUCCUCGAAUGGAUCUCCAAUUAUGCAACGGAAGGGCGCCCCGACGCCCACGAGCGGUUUUUCGCCCUUUAACAGCCCGUUUCCGCCCUCGCCGCCCAACCAGUACUUGCAUCGGCAAUUCCUCGCCGACAAUUACAACUCGCUGCAGUCCCAUCACACCGCCCACGCCUUGCACAAUCUCCAUUUGCAGUCCUCGCUGAAUGCACAUGCGAUUUUUUCGGCUGCCGGCAACUCGGCGAUGGUCCAACGAGCAGCAGGAACGGGCGUCAGUAAUCAACGCGGCGAUAAUCCGAAUGCGGCAGCAGCGACGACUGACAACAGUGCCAUCAGUGUCACGUAACACAGUUUUUUCCUCGCUUGUCGGGGUUCACGCAUGCCAUAAACAACAAAAAAAAAUACUAAUAGGGCCUAGUUAAUAUUCACAAAAAAAAAAAUGACGCUUUAAAUUAAAUUUUUAACAAAAAUCACGCAAACGUACAGAAAAAUACUAAAUUCGUUCACGUGACUGAGGGACGUGCAUGAAAAAAAUGCAAAAAUAGUUUUUUAAGGAUCCGAUUUUAUUCGAAUUAUCCGGACCAACACUGAAAGAGUCGCCAAUAAUACAGCAUUUAAUUUUUAACUCUAACAGCAACAAAUACUCAAAAAACCAAAUUUUAACGUAAACCAUUUUUUUUUAGUAAUAGAAUGGUGCUAAA